CUGAAUGUGGAACGUAGGCGGAAGCGGAAAACGCGGCGAGACACAGAACAUGGCGACGAUAUCAACGAGGUAGAGAUAACCGAUCCGCUGAUAGAAUUGCUCAUUGACAAGGAAACAAAGUAUCAAGUCUUGUUGUCAUCCACUAUUAUGCCAAUUCAUACCUCUUUACGAGAAGCGUUAGUAAGCGGAUACAAGGCUUUCGACGACGUCGAAAAGUAUGCUGCGAAUCCGAUGCCUGUCGGUUAUUCCACGAAUUUUUCAUAUUGGCGUGCAAAAAUUCUGUCGGUGAUAGUUGAGUGGGCAAAAUCGUUCGAGGUGUUCAGCCGACUUGCCCUUGAUGAUCAAAUGCGGCUCAUAGUGCAUUCAUCAUUCUCCAACCUCGUACUAGCCGAAGCUUUCAAUACCCCUGAGAAAUACACUGACCGUAUUGUUUUCCCCGAUGGCCUCAGUGGGUGA